CGCUCCCAGCCCGGUCCGCCCCUUCCUGCCCCGCCGGCGGCCCCGGGGUGGGGCCGAGCCGCCGCCGCUCCUCCGCCCCGGCCUGGCCAUGCUGGACUUCGCCAUCUUCGCCGUCACUUUCCUGCUCAUCCUCGUGGGCGCCGUGCUCUACCUGUACCCGGCAUCUAGGCAAGCAUCAGGCAUCCCUGGGCUGGCUCCAACUGAUGAAAAGGAUGGCAACCUGCCAGAUAUCAUUGUCAGCAGCAGUUUACAUGAGUUUCUUGUGAACCUUCAUGAGAAAUAUGGGCCACUGGUCUCCUUCUGGUUUGGAAGACGUCUUGUUGUCAGCCUCGGCUCCAUUGAUCUCCUGAAACAACAUGUUAACCCCAACCGGUUGUUGGAUCCCUUUGAGACAAUGCUGAAAUCCCUCUUGAGGUACCAGUCCAGCCUGAAUGGGGAUACAGGAGAGAGCCACAUGAGAAGAAAACUGUAUGAGAACAGUGUGACCAAGUCCUUGCAAAGUAACUUUGCUCUCAUCCAGAAGCUGUCAGAAGAGCUGCUGGCCAAAUGGCUGUCUCUCCCUGAGGCACAACAUGUGCCACUCUGCCAGCACAUGCUGGGCUUUGCCAUGAAGUCUGUCACGCAGACAGCUAUGGGCAGCAGCUUUGAAGAUGACCGGGAAGUCAUCCGAUUCCGCAGGCACCAUGAUGCAAUCUGGUCAGAGAUUGGAAAAGGUUUUUUGGAUGGGUCUCUUGACAAAAACAUGACUAGGAAGAAGCACUACGAAAGCGCUCUGGUGGAGAUGGAAUCCAUCAUAAGGAAGGUUACAAAGGAGCGCCGAGGCAGAUCAUUCAACAGGCAUGUCUUUAUAGACACCUUGCUGCAGGGGAGCCUGAGUGACCAGCAGAUUCUGGAAGAUACAAUGAUUUUCUCUUUGGCAGGAUGUGUAAUCACUGCUAACUUGUGUACCUGGGCAGUCUAUUUCCUGACAACCUCAGAAGAUGUUCAGCAGAAUCUCUACAAGGAGAUGGACCGUGUUCUGGGAAAGGGACCAAUUACACAUGAGAAAGUUGAGCAGCUCAGGUACUGUCGGCGAGUGCUGUGUGAGACAGUGCGGACAGCAAAGCUCACUCCCAUUGCUGCACAGCUGCAGGAGCUGGAGGGCAGAGUCGACCAACAUACUGUCCCCAAAGAGACACUUGUGCUUUAUGCUCUUGGUGUGAUGCUGCAGGAUAGUUCAUCUUGGCCAUCACCAUACAAGUUUGACCCAGACAGAUUCAAUGAGGAAUUAGCCGUGAAAAACCUCUCCUUGCUGGGUUUCUCAGGAAGCCAGGAGUGCCCAGAGUUGAGGUUUGCCUAUAUGGUGGCCACAGUUCUGCUGAGUGUCCUGGUAAGGAAACUGUAUCUCCACCCAGUGAAAGGACAAGUCAUGGAGGCAAAAUAUGAACUGGUAACCUCACCAAAGGAGGAAGCCUGGAUAACGGUGUCUAAGAGAAGCUAAGAGCAAGCAAAACAAGGGGUUAAAAGUGCCAGCAGUGAAAUUCUGAGCAAGGGUCUUAAUGAGAAUCAUACUGGCACCAUGUUUACUCAGCCAAGGAAUUUUAUAUCCCAGUUUUUUUACCUUCCAUAUUCUUAACGUCAUGUCUAUCUUUGGUACUUUCUCUAAUUCAACUAGUAGUCAUAUUAAAGUAGAUUUAAUCUAUA